AUGGCUGACCAAGAGAAAGAGAAGGCCGAAAAGCUGGCCGCGGCCAAAAAGCGUUUCGAACAACUCAAGAAGGAGCAGAAUAAGAAGGGCAAGAAAGGGACUGCGAAAAAGAAGGAUGCGGCCGCCGAGGAGUCUGUCGGCGAUGCAGAAGAGAAUGCUGAAUCUGCUGCAGCUGUAGAGCAGGUCGCGGACAGUACUGAGGCAGUUGGCAACGAUGGCGACGAAGAGGACCAUAAACCCACCGAUCAAAGGAAGUCCAGGACCGAAUCAUUCAGAAGCCCAGGAGUGGAAGUCCAGGAGCUAUACCGUAAGCAGGCGGCUAGAAUCGAAGAAUUAGAGAAGGAGAACAAAACUUUGAAGCAGCAGGAGCAGGACAGCAAGAACAGGACCUCAAAGCUCGAGGAGGAGGUGGAGAGCUUGCGAGAGGACAGCAGCGAGACAUUGAAACUGCGCAGCAAGGCAAAAGACGCGGAGCGAUUAACAGACGAGCUCGCCGCAGUUCAGCGACAGCUUACACAAGUGCAAUUGGCCGCCAAAGCGCCUUCCAGAAAGGUGUCAUCGACCGAUCCUGACCUAGCCGGACAGCUCGCAAGCAAAACCACCACCAUCGAACAGCUUGAGCUGGAAAUCAGCAAUCUGCGCAACAGCACGUCCGCGCUCGAAACCACCCUGUCGGAGCGCGAUGCCACAAUAGCCGAUCACGAGGAGCGUGCCCGCGAGACAGAAGCAGCCACAGCGGCCGCCAAGCGCGAACUCGAUAAUCUGAAGGUCUCCAUCGCCUUUCCCAGCGACGAGACCAAAGCCGCCAAUGAAGACCCCGAGGCAUUGACUAAGCGGAUUACCGUCCUGGAGUCCGACUUGCGUUCCGCCCAAAGCGACCUCGAAGCCGCCGCACAACGCGCCUCCAGUCUCGAGCAAAAAAUCGAAGCCCUAACCAAACUGCACCGGGAUGCCCUCGCGACCAGCCUGGCCAAAGACCGCGAACUAGGCGAUCUGCGCACGCAGCUCAAGCGCAACGACAAGCCCUCCCACGUCCGCGACGCAUCCGAUUUCGAGCUCGGCGACGAAGAGACCGAAGCAGGCGCCCUACAAGCCCGCAUCCGCGCGCUCGAGGCCGAGAAUUUCGACCUGCGCCGCGGCGUAUGGCGCGACCAGCGGGCGGCUCUGCAGCCGGGAAUGCACGACGAUGGAGAUGAGCACGGGUACGAGGACGUCGACCUUAACGGCCCUGGUCAGGGAUCUGGUGGCGUGGGCGGUUAUGCUGCGGGUCAGCGGCACAGCACUCUACAGGAUGUCAUAACUUCUGGGAUCAGUGCAUUUACCGGUAGGCCGAGAGAAGGGGCAAGGCCAGGACAGACACAUGAGCGCAAGCCGUCAUUGGGUUUAUUGAGUGAUGAUGGGUUUGAUGAGGAAGCAUUUAGACUCGCACAGGAGGAAGAUGCGAAGCGACGCGUGGAACGUGUCAAGGAGGUCAAGCGUAGCCUGGAGCAGUGGCGAGGGUGGCGUAUGGACAUUGCAGAUCUACGCCGGAAUGGCAUCGGCGGACUCCGCGAGGUAGGUCCGGUCUUCGAGAUGUAA